AUGACAGACGCAACCGCUGAGGAGUUUAAGGCGCAGGGUAACGAGCUGUACAAGCGCGGAGACUAUCAGCGCGCUAUCGAGAAGUACACGCAGGCUAUCGACGCCGCCCCCACAGUCGUGGCCUACUACGGCAACCGUGCCGCCGCUUCCUUCAUGCUGGGUAAGCACAAGGAUGUGGUGACGGACUGCAACCGUGCCAUUGUCUUCGAUCCGCUCUAUAUCAAGGGCUACGUGCGUAAGGCUAAGGCUCAAUUGGCUCUGGGUGACAAUGACGCCGCCAUGAAGACGUACCAGACAGGUCUGGUGCGCGAUCCGAACAACGCCACGCUGCUGAACGAGAAGCGCACACUUGAGAUGGCGUUGGACAAGCUGCAGCGCGGCAAGGAGCACAUCGCAGCGGGUCGAUUCUCGCAGGCUGUGAAUGUGCUGGACGGCGCGGCGCAGGUGUGCACGGGCUCCAGUCAGAUCAAACUGCUGCGUGGCGAGGCGCUAAUUGGCUGCGAGCGGUACGACGAGGCCUUCGCCGUGCUGACGCAGCUCAUGCGCACAGACUCGAGCAGCCCCGAGCUCUUGUACCUGCGUGCGCGUUGUCUGUACUACCAGGGCGAGUUCCCUAGCGCCAUUAAGCACUUGCAACAAGCUCUACGUUCAGACCCGGACAACUCCAAGUGUAUGAAGGAGAUUAAGCGUAUCCGGCACCUGGAGACCAGCAAGGAAGAAGCCAACAACGCCUUCAAGGCUGGAAAAAUGGCCGAAGCAGUCGAGAUGUACACAGAAUGCCUCAAGAUCGACCCGCAGAACAAGGCCUUUAACUCGAAAAUCCACUGUAACCGAGCCAACGCGCUGUCCCGUCUGAACAGACAUGAGGAGGCUAUUAAGGACUGUGACAAGGCCAUCUACUACGAUCAUGGGUACGCCAAGGCGUAUCUCCGGAAGGCUGCGUGUCUGAAGGCUCUGGGCGGUCUUGAGAACUUGGAGCAGGCGCUGCGCGUGUACGACCAAGCUUCGAAACUGGUAGGCGACGACGCCCAGCGUGACAUCCAGAGCAACAUCCGACAGACCAAACUGGACAUCAAGAAGGCCAAGCGCAAGGACUAUUACAAGAUUUUGAAUGUCUCCCAAAGUGCCACUGAGGCCGAGAUCAAGAAGGCGUACAAGAGGCUGGCGCUCAAGUUCCACCCGGAUCGUCACGCUGGCAAGUCGGAGGAACAGAAGGCCGAGGCGGAGGCUGCCUUUAAGGACAUUGGCGAGGCGUACGCGGUGCUGUCGGACGCUCAGAAGCGACAGCGCUACGACUCCGGAGUGGAUCUCGAGGACCUCGACAGUGACUUUGGAGGCGGUGGCAUGGGCGGCGGCAUGGGUGGUGUGGACCCUUCGCAGAUUUUCCAGAUGUUCUUCGGCGGUGGCGGCGGCAUGGGCGGCAUGGGUGGCAUGGGAGGAAUGGGUGGAAUGGGAGGUAUGGGCGGCAUGGGAGGCAUGGGUGGCCAGCGAUACCACUUUGGUUAG